CCCCGCGGAAUUGUGGCGGGAGGGGGAGGAGGAAGCCAAAGCGCCUGCGCGGAGAGGCCGCUUUCCAUCCGGGUCCCUGUCCGUGCGGUGCAGCAGGUCGGUAGGCGGGAAAUGGCGACUGGCUGAAGGAGCUGGUUCUGUUGCUGCUGCGGGCUAAGCGGGAAAGACACCACACAUUGCGCAGUCGGGACCAUCGCCGGAGCCUGAGGAUACUUCUCUGUCGUCACAGUUAGUUUUACAUGUGGCACCCAUAAAAGAUGAGGCUGAGAACACGGAAGGCUUCUCAGCAAUCAAGUCAAAUUCAAACACAACGCACUGCCAGAGCAAAGAGGAAAUAUUCAGAGGUUGAUGAUAGCCUGCCUUCAGGAGGAGAAAAACCACCGAAGAAUGAAACCGGCUUGUUGUCUUCAAUUAAAAAAUUCAUUAAAGGAAGCACACCGAAAGAAGAGAGAGAAAAUCCUUCAAAACGGAGUAGAAUUGAACGUGAUAUAGAUAAUAAUUUGAUCACAUCAACACCAAGAGCAGGAGAAAAGCCUAACAAACAGAUAUCUCGAGUAAGACGGAAAAGUCAAGUAAAUGGAGCUGGUAGUUAUGAAAUGACAAAUCAACAUGUAAAACAAAAUGGAAAAUUAGAAGAUAAUCCUUCCUCUGGCAGUCCUCCAAGGACUACAUUGUUGGGGACCAUAUUUUCUCCUGUCUUCAACUUUUUUUCACCAGCAAAUAAAAAUGGAACAUCAGGAUCCGAUUCCCCAGGACAGGCUGUGGAAGCUGAAGAGAUAGUAAAACAACUUGAUAUGGAACAGGUGGAUGAGAUCACUACCAGUACUACUACAUCAACUAAUGGAGCCGCUUACUCAAAUCAAGCAGUUCAAGUGAGGUCAUCGAUAAAUAAUGGUUUAGAAGAAGCAGAAGAAACAGUUAAUCGUGAUAUCCCACCCCUUACAGCACCAGUAACUCCAGAUAGUGGUUAUUCAUCAGCCCACGCAGAGGCCACCUAUGAAGAAGACUGGGAAGUAUUUGACCCCUAUUAUUUCAUCAAACAUGUUCCACCACUGACAGAAGAACAACUAAAUAGGAAACCUGCUCUUCCAUUGAAGACAAGAAGCACACCAGAAUUCUCCCUAGUUUUAGACUUGGAUGAAACACUAGUACACUGUAGUUUAAAUGAGCUAGAAGAUGCAGCACUUACUUUUCCAGUCCUUUUCCAAGAUGUCAUUUAUCAGGUUUACGUGAGAUUAAGACCAUUCUUCAGGGAAUUCCUGGAAAGAAUGUCUCAGAUGUAUGAGAUCAUUCUUUUUACUGCUUCUAAGAAGGUGUAUGCAGACAAGUUACUGAACAUACUAGACCCUAAAAAGCAACUGGUCAGGCACCGGCUUUUCCGCGAACAUUGUGUUUGUGUACAAGGAAACUAUAUAAAGGACUUAAAUAUCCUUGGAAGAGAUCUUUCAAAAACUAUAAUAAUUGACAACUCACCACAAGCCUUUGCAUAUCAGCUAUCUAAUGGAAUCCCUAUAGAAAGCUGGUUUAUGGAUAAAAAUGACAAUGAACUUCUAAAAUUGAUUCCAUUUCUGGAGAAGCUAGUAGAACUGAAUGAAGAUGUUCGACCACACAUCAGAGACCGAUUUCGCUUGCAUGAUUUGCUGCCCCCAGAUUAAGUACAAAGACUUGUCAAAUCACUGAAGGGGGAGAGAAUGCAGGACCCUUUUGGACUAAGACAAAAACAUUGCCAUUACUGUUGAAAUUUUGCAUUUUUGUACCCCGUCUUGCUUUUCUUAUCUUGGUGCCCAAUAAUAAUCAAGGGUUACAGAAAGAGACUUUAUCUCAGAUUGAAUACAUACAGUAGGUAGGCUAAAACAGAAGAGUCUUUAGAACUAGUGCAACUUCAGUGAAAAUUUUUUUAUGUACAGGACAUCUGCAGUUUAUAAAGAAUUCUGUUUCUGCCACCAGCAGUUUGACCUGUAGUCACACAGGAUUUUAUGAUAAUAACAGAGAUGAAAAUGGACUUUUAUUUUCUCUCUGUUUGGUGCUCUAAGUGGGUUUGUAGCCACUUUUCUGUUACUUUAAAAUUCUCAUUUCAACAGGAAUGGCCAGUAAAAGUUGUUUUAUUUUUCCUGUUAAGGUUUAUAACCUUUUUACAUUUUUGACCUGUAUUAGAUUAGAAUUUCAUUAUGCAUUCCUUUUAGUUGAGGCGCUUCAUAGUUUUCUGGAAAUAGUCAAUUUUUAGUUUUUUAUUAUACAUUUGAAUGGCCGUUUUCCUGCUUUGUCUGCCUGCAUAUUGUAUAUUUGUUUAAAAAUAUUCUCUACUUUUAGUCCAUGUAAGUUUCAUUUAGAAAGAACAUGCAUUUAUAUUUUGUUUCUGUAAUAUUCUACUGUAGGUGAAAUCUUUUCAAAAAUCAAGAGACUUGGGUAGAUAAGAAUAUAUGAAUGACUAAUAUUCAAAAGAUUUAAACCAUUGUGAUGGCAUGUGUUCCCAAGUGGUAAUAUCUUGCAGUGGCACACAGAUUUGAUGGAUAAAGGUAUACCUCAGACUUCACUGUGCUCACCAAUCUUUGAGGAGAAUAAGUUUGGUCACCUGUUGGGCUUGAUUUGGUUACUGAUGCCUUUGGUUUUCUCCAGGAAUGAAGUAUUCAGCACAGUGAUUCAGUAUUUUUAGUUAUUUUUGCAUGGGCUGGUAGUACCUCUGUUAUGCUCUCGGUUACAAUCAAUUUAAAACUCUGUGUAACAGUCUUGGUACCUUACAGUAGCUAUGCAUAAUCCUGUGGCACAGUAAACUCCCAAGCCACCAAUGCAGUUAAUAUGUUCUCAUAGUGGUUUUCUAUGCUAUAUGAAAAUAGUCUUCAAGCCUUGGUUCUCUAAUGCAGCUACCACAAGAGGUUGAUAUUUUUAUAGUGGCGUGUAAUCUCUUUCGGGAGGCUUUUUAUGGAAGGUAGAAUUUGUAAAAGUUAGUAUGCUUUGCCUCUCAACUGCAUUAACAUGCCACAGGCUCAGACUGUUUUUGUGUAAAGGAUGUCAAAGAACGGCACUUUUUCUAAAGAGAAGUUUGAUAUUUUGUAUGCUUGUUAAGAAAGUACAGUAUUGGAAAUUAAAGGUGGACAACUGAUAAUUGAGGAGUAUGUCACUUAAUUUUUUAUGUAUAUUACCUGUUUACUUGUACAACUUAUUGUACAAAAUACAUGCAGCUUCAUUUUCAAAUGAAUCCUUAAAAUAAGGAAAUCUUUUUAGGAAAACAUUUAAUUUUUGUAUUUUUGAUUUUAAAGGCAUGAGUUAUGUCAAUUUUCAGUGUAUUAAUGAAGAUUUUAACUUUUCAUCAGGUUGAGUGUUUUCUUACUAUAUUAUCUGUUGUGUAUGUAGUUAGCAUAUUGUGUCACUGAACUGUUUAAAAAUCUAGCAUGUAGAGCAAGCCUGUUUUGUGGAAAAUCCUUAUUCAUUAAAAAAAUAAUCAUGGCAGAUUUUCUGCAAAAAAAAAAAAGCAAAAAGCAUUUGCAAUUCAGAAUACUGGGGGUUUUUUGUUUGUUUUUAAUUUAAAGAAAGGUAUUUUGCUUGCAGGAAAAAAAUACUACAGAUUCAUUUUAAUGAGAAUCUUUGAAAUGUAUUUAUCUUUAGGGCAUCUGGGCAUCUUUAUGCUGUUUGUCUUCUGUCUUUCUUGAAAUAAAAUGUACAUACGUUACCUUUA